GGAGCGCUAUAAAACCUGCCAGAGCCACUGCAGGAACAGAGAGCAUUGAUAGAGACAGUAGAGGGAAUUUGUACAGUAUAAUAUAAACUGGACUAGCACGAUCAUUGAUUGUACCGAACCAGAGGCAUUUAUAUACAUGUACAUGACAUAAUCUGGCCAUACUCGGUUAAGAAACAUCACUUGGAGCCCGCGUGUGAUACAGGAUUGCUGAAGUACUUUAUUUUUCUCCUUUAAGUCCUUAUGAAGAUGCGUCUUAUCCAAAACAUGUCUACUAUUACGGAGUACCCUGCAACCGAAUGCCCUUCUGGAAGGGUGAUUAAAAUAGCCGUUGUCGGUGGGAGCGGAGUUGGAAAAACAGCUCUGGUGGUGAGAUUCCUGACCAGGAGGUUCAUCGGGGAUUAUGAGAGGAACGCAGGUACUUUGUACUCUAGACAAAUCCAGAUUGAUGGCGAACAAGUCGCAAUUCAGGUCCAAGAUACACCAGGUGUCCAGGUCAAUGGACAAAAUCUGAACUGCAACGAACAGGUGAAGAGAUCCAUUCAGUGGGCAGAUGCUAUGGUGCUGGUCUACUCCAUCACAGACUGUAAAAGCUUUGAAAUAAUAAGCCACCUCCACCAGCAGGUCCGCCGCACACAUGCAGACAGCAGAAUUCCCAUCAUCAUUGUGGCAAACAAGGCAGACCUCCUGCACGUCAAGCAGGUGGAGCCACAUCAUGGACAGAAACUCGGUAACAUGCUGGGCUGCACCUUCUAUGAGGUGUCUGCCAGCGAGAACUAUAAUGACAUUUACAACGCCUUCCACGUGCUGUGCAAAGAAAUCGGCAAGCAGCAGGCUCCCGUUAACACAGAAAAGAGGAGGUCUUCCCUCAUUCCCAGGCCAAAAUCCCCCAACAUGCAAGACCUGAAGAGACGGUUCAAGCAGGCUUUGUCUGCCAAAGUGAGGAUUGUGACUUCAGUUUGAAGAGACACACAAAAGGCGUUCCUUGUGGCCAAAAAAGAGAAAAAUGCAGCGAAACUUAAGAGUUUCAUCUUUGAUAUGUAAAAUACUGAUGCUGCAGCAAAGACAAAGGAGAAUGAGUUGCUUAGUCCAAGGAGAAGGGGCUGUAAAGUCUUAAGUGAUGAAUUGGAGGCGCUGUUCAGAGCUUUUGAUCCCACGUUCUGACAAGGUGAUGGAGCAAGUGACUCUUGACCUUGGUGGGAAUAAUGCGCUGUGGAAAUCAGGCACAAAUGCCUUACUUGUCCCAGUAUCUGUAGAUCUCUUGUGACGUCUGUGUAAUGGAGAGAAUAGGAAGCCAAUGAGGGAGGGAAAAUACCAGCCACUGCUGGUUUAAAAUGAUGUGCUUUAAACAGAUAAGUCGGGUUAAGUAUAAACUGUUACCAUUCAGCUAUUGUUUAAACAUUCCCCAUUUGUUUCCAUCACAACUGUGGUUUAAAGUUUAAUGACAAAUCUAAUAUUCUUAGAUAUCUAUUGGUUAAACUGCAUUAUAAGAAAGCGAAGACAAUUGAAACCGUGGUUUUGUAUAAAUGGAGGCAAAUGAGUCACAGUUUUGUGCUUUUUCUUUUCUCGCCUCUUCACUUUUACUCUGAGUGUCCCUGGAAUGAUCAAAGCUAUUGUGUGUGUGUGUGUGUGUGUGUGUGUGUGCAGUCUGUAACCAACUGGAUGUAUUUGUGUUAAAUCCAAUAAUUUUAUCUCUGUUGCAUGUCAAGGGAGUACUACAUUUGUAUGGUUUUUCACAUCCGUUUAAAUGUUUGACAUUACAAUCGGUUAUGUGGGGUAAAGAAUCCCUAAAAGACACCAGGCUCAAAAGCCUUUUAAAUGCACUUUAUGAAGCCUCUAGUCAGUUCUUGCUUUGUGGCUGUAAUUAAUUCACGUUUACAGAGAAUUCCUCCAGAGGAGGAGACACUUUUCAGUUCUGUUUCAAAAUAAAAAAUUUC